AUGAUAUUUACUCCCACGCUCGUGGAGAAUCGGACGAUCGCUAUAAAUGAAAGCGUCUCCGAAAACCCCUAUUUAGCACGGAUUGUCCUCACGCAGUCGACCGUCAACUGGCCGCUACCGCUGACUUUUGGGCUCGGACCCGAUGGACAACCGACCGGCACCGUGGCCGAGCAGUUCGCCCAGAGCAUUCAGGUUGAACAACUACUUCAAGCGGCGAUGGGCGGUAACAGCCCAGCUCGUACUCAGCAGUCGCCUCGUUGCGAGAUCUGUGGCCAGGAGUCGUCCGGAAUGCAUUUUGGCGGGGAAUCCUGUGCUGCUUGCUGCGCAUUCUUCCGCCGUACUGUGGUGCUGAAGAAGACGUACAUCUGCCUGAAGAGUAAAGAAUGCCUUCCCAAUCAUGCCGUACAAAUGCAGCGAGACCCGAUUGGAAAACGCUCGAACGAAGCCGCGGAGCGCCAUGCGCGUCGCCAAGCUUCUGACACCGAAGCCGGCGACGAUGUUCAGCCCGAUCUGGAUUCUUCCGAUUCGUCUCCGGGCUGCGACAUCCCAGGAGGCCUGGAGCAAACGUGCGAGCCGGUGCUGCAACACUUUCUCAACCGACAUCAGUACCUCGAGCGUCAACGUCAGUCAUUCUACGCGGCGCGAUCGCUCGAUGAUCUCUUCGCGGAGGAUUUGAAUUUUGUAGGUUAUGACAGCUAUAACCUUACGAUUUUAAAAAGCUACUUCCGGCCCUCGUUCCAGCCGCUUUUGGAUAGACUUCGAAUUCACAUGGCCGAGCUGAACGUACAAUAUACCGAAUUUGUUGCGGUCGCCACGAUCAUGCUGCUGGACACCGCGCACGCCAGUCUCGAGGAGGAAACAAAACUCCUCUGUCAUCAACUGCGAAAUCAGCUAAUCCAGGAACUCUUCGACUGGCACAAGGGCGAAAAUCAGCCCGACGAACCCGAGCUCCGCUUCAGCGCUCUGAUCAACUUGAUCACGCUUGUCCGGGACGACGUGCUAAAGCCCACCGAGCAAAUGUCACAAUUCAAAAGCCUGCGCCUUCACCGCCCCAACAAAGUGGACGAGGAGUACUUUGGGCUACACGGC